AUGUCAGACAUUCAUGGCCGCAAAAUCCCCAUGAUCGUCUCGUCGUUCGGCUUCAUUUGCUUCGGAGCAGGUUCGGCGACUGCAAAAGACUUCCAGACAUUAGCGCUCUGUCGCUUCUUCCAAGGUGCCAUGGGGGCAUGUGCCCUCAUGAUACCACUCUCAUCUUACGCAGACUUUUGGAAAGGCGCUCGCCGGGGCUGUGCGUCCAUCUUAUUCAUGACUUCUGUGUUCGGGGCACCAAUGCUCGCCUCGCCCUUGGCCGGAUUUACCAUAGACAAUCCAUCACUCGGCUGGCGCUGGUGCGCAUGGUGGACUGUCUUUAUGGGCUCAGGAGUCCUCUUUGGAUUGGUGUUUUUCGCCUCCGAAUCUUACGCUCCUUACCUGUUGAAGCAGAAAGCAGUACGGCUGCGGGUCAACACUGGGGACUGGGCGAUUCAUGCCAAAAUUGAAGAACGGCAUGAAACACUGGGACAGAUACUCCAAUAUCUGUUCCAGAGACCAUUUAUCAUGGUGAGCAAGGAGCCGAUCUUGCUCUUCAUCUGCAUAUACGUGGCGUUUGUUUAUGCUUUGAUCUACACGUUCUUGGUGUCCUACGGGAUUGUUUUCGUCGAAGGAUACCACAUGAAUCGUGGUACUGGGGGGCUGCCAUUCUUUGGUGUCAUUGGCGGCCUGAUGCUUUCUGCAGCCAUACACAUGUUGCGAGAGAGACAUUACACCCAUAAGGUCAUGGCAAAUAGUGGCAUCAUGGUUCCUGAGUGGAGAAUGCCUAUUUGCAUAACGGGUGCCGUGUCCUUCGCUGUGGGCUUAUUCUGGUUCGCUUGGACCGCUGCGUACCCUAGACACGUGCACUGGAUCAUACCAACUGUCAGUGGAGUUGCGACGGGCUUUGGGAUUCUCACCAUCUUUAUUGGAUGCUUCAACUUCAUCCUCGACGUCUACGGAACCAAUUCCGUGUCCGCCUUUGCAAUAGCGACUAUCUCACGCUCAGCCCUCGCGGCGGGCUUUCCUAUGUUCGCGAAACAAAUGUUCCACAAUCUCGGUGUGCAGUGGGCAAACACACUGCUGGCGUGUUUUGCUACGCUCCUCGUUCCUAUCCCAAUCUGCUUCUGGUUAUGGGGAGCGCAGAUACGUGCACGGAGUACCUUCGCCGUCGACAAGGUCCUGCUCCCUAAUCUAGGCGGCGGUGAAGAAAGCCACGAUGACACAUCUGAAAAUAAAGAUAUAGAGAGAGCAGGUGUGGAGAUGGAGCAAGCUGUAGAUCCCAGUCCAGGAGCACAAGGGAGGGCUGAGGUUGGUCUGGAAAUGAACUAUAUGGCUCCGACUCAUCAAUCAUGA